AUGCGCUGUCAUCGUUUAUCACUUCAAAAACCGAAAAGAAACCAAAAAGUUUCAUUGUCCGAUGCAUAUCCACUUAUAAACAAUUUCUAUGAUUAUAUUCGUCGAGCAAGUCAAUGGGCACCAAGCUGUGGACCUAUGGGAGCAUCCCUUCCACGAGAUGUAUGCAACAUUGACGAAAGUCCAUUAAGUUAUAUUAGUAAUAAACGGUUCGCUACUGUUAUAUUAACAAUUUUUGGUUCAGAUAAUACACGAGUUGGUCCAGUAUUAAUUUUUAAAGGAAAAGGGCAGGCGUCGAGUAUUGAGAAACUGCAAUAUGCUAAUGGUGUUAAAGUGUAUUUUACUCUGAAGGCUGUUAACAAUCGGAUUACAAUGGAUAAGUAA